CAUAAAACCGCCCUGUAAAAGGUCGAUAAUAGAUAUCAGAUCAUGGCGCAUGAUUACAAGGGUUUCCCAAAGAAAAGAUGCUGUCUGUAACAUAUUUUCAUCCCUUAAAAAUAUCUAUAUAAUUAUGUAGUCAUAAUUGUUGCUUCCAGAUUUAUGUGGCGUUCAACAUGUAGAAACGGAGUGAAAACAGAAAGUGAAAGAUUGUUGGACAUAUCGCUUUUAAGAAGUUGCAGGAGUCGUAACAAUGAGUAUAGCAAGUAGGGGAGCCCUAAUGUCAGCAGGAUGGACCAGGGGCGGUACUUCCGAGGUGGUACGAAGAGCCCAUCCGGCUUCGGGGGCCCAGUGGAACGUACAAGUCGUGCGGGGAAAAGUUAACGGAAAGUGUCUAUGGAACGCCUGCAAAGCCCUAAGCUUGGGACUACUGCUGAUGGUACUUGGUGCUGCCAUGGCUACCAUAGGUUACUACGCUGAUCAAUUGUCAGUUGCUCAAGAAAUCCGAGGAAAUCAUACAGUAGCGAUAAAAAACGAAUCGAGAGGCUUCCACUUGAACAAUUUGUCUUAUGCCGGUCCUAUCGUUAUGGGAGUGGGAGGGUUUAUAGUGGUGGCUGCUUGCGUCAUGACAUUCGAGGCAAGAGAUUCGGCUGCCAAAGUAGUACCGGCCCGGUUCAAAAUGAGUACUACCGGACCGCCACCUGGUGUAUGUCCUCAUAGCUCUACCCUUAGAUCGGGACAUGGAUCUUUAAGAACUGCCGGAUCUCAAACUGCAGGGACCAUGACCAGCGGUUCACACCACGGUCACCACGGUAGUUUGCACGGUACUCACCACUCGGAUCACCACAGGCACCACGGCGGUCAUCACCACGCCUCAGACAGGCACGCUCUCACGCAAUCUUUUGUACAGUUUUCGAGAGGAUUGGCUUUAGAAUCGAAAAAACUAGGCCAUCGCAAAAAUAUACAGGGUUCUUCGCCUAGCGGCACUAGAAGCAAUUCGCUCAAGGUUCCACAGGGUUCUAUAAAUCGUAGUCCAUCCGCACCCGACUUAGUGCUCGAAAAGGUACCUCCUACGGGUUCCCUCAAGGAAACGCUGCCGAACCAUCUCCAGCAUGCUCAAAAAUCCGCGAUGGGGAGGCAGACUUCCAGAAGAACUUUUGCCGCUUGCGCCCUCCUCAAUCCGGGGUUGCUGCACAGGCAUGCUGUUAGUGUUGAUGAGACAGCAGCUAAUUACAGGAGCAACGACUCUUUGCAACAGGGUACAGGAUCGCAAGGGUCGAUGGCGAUGGACCUCCAUCUCGAAUCGGUGACUCUGAGGGUGCGAGACAAACGCAGAAAUCCGCUGAAGCGACAGCGAAAAAUCGAAGAGGACGAACAGCACAACCAGAGCGGGACGUCCCGCAGGAAUUCGCAUUCUUGUUCGCCUAGAUUGCCGGGACAGUACGGACUGAGGGACAAUGCAACUGGUGGUUCAGCUCAAUACUUACCUAAUAACGCAGGUUAUAAUUCGUACAACGCUCCCAAAAGACGCAGUUCGAACGCAUCCGAUUGCACCCAUCGAUCCAGAAGUCGAAAACGGGAACACAACAGCUGUCAUCAUGCCAGAGGAAAGCUGGAACGAGCCAUUAGUUCAGAUUCAAGACUAACAGGUGCGGUGCCUAAAUGUUAUCAUUCUUACGAACCUUCACGGAACAACUCCACAGAGCAAGAUUCCGGCGCCAUGUCUACAUCGGAGGGCGAUAUCAGAAAGUCCCACCAGGUCAUGGUACAUUUCUCACCCACAACUGAAGGUUGAGUUUAUUUCUUAGAAUAUUAAUGUAUGAUUUAUGUACUGAAAUGAAUGAACGUGUUUUAAAGUACAGCAUGAUUAACUAUAAAUAUUAUAUAGGUAGUUAAAAUGUGCCCUUGGCAAAGUAGUAAGUCUGAUAUGGCGCUAUUUUAGCACACAAGCUCACCAUGUACAGGGUGGGCCAAAUUUGACGCUUUUAAAGGAAAACACC